AUGAGCAGUUCUACUGCUCCCCAAGGCGUGGCAACCCACCUGUCCGCCAAUGGUCUCAUUGGUAUCACCUGGACGGGUGUGGCGCUGGGCGUAGCCUUCACUUCGAUCCGUGUAGCCAUCCGCCUGCAGCGCAUGAAGCAUUUGCUAGCAGACGACUAUUUUGUCCUGUUCGGGCUGGCAUUGCUCAUCACCAACGCGGUACUACAGACCAUCCAAGCGCCACACCUCUACUACAUGACUCUAACGCCCACCGGGGAAGACAUCAAAUAUCAUGCCCUGCGCUAUGUUCACCUGGAGUUCGUCAUCAUCGGACUCUUCUGGUCGGUCCUCUGGAGCAUCAAGGGCUCCUUCCUGGCCUUGUUCUGGAUGAUCUCAGACGGGCUCCCGAAGUACCGUCGCGCAUGUGCUGCAAUCUCCAUAUUCACUUUCAUAGCGUAUGUUGGCUGCUGGCUUGCGUCGGCGCUCAACUGCCAUCCUCCGUCGGACUACUUCAGAUUCGGAAAAUGCACAAAGCCCGCCGAUCUCAGAGGCUCCGUCAUCUCCAUCAGCUAUAGUACAGCUGUGGAUAUCAUCACCGAUCUGAUGAUCAUGGGUCUCCCCCUCCGCAUCCUCUGGAAAGCGAAGAUCACCAAACAACAGAAAAUCGGUCUAGGCUUCGUAUUCUGCGUCGGAUUCAUCAUCAUCGCGACAGCAAUCGUGCGCGCAGUCGAAAUCACCGGAAGAGCCUACUCGGACCAAGUCGGUCUUGCAGUAUGGAGUAUCGCUGAAUCAUCUAUCUCUGUCAUAGUUGGCUGCCUUCCGCCCUUCAAAACCUUUAUCUCCCGAAACUCGAGCACAAACCAGUAUCCCUACGGAUCAAGCGGAUAUACAGCGACUCGCUACGAUCGGAGCGCAACAUCAGCACGGAAGAAGCGGUCUUUGAUCACGACGAGCUUGAGCGAGGUGCCCCUCCCACUGGAGGAUCUGAAACAAUACCGUGACGUGGGCUAUGAGUCUCAUGGACAAAAUGUGCACAUAACGGGGGGUGUGGAUGGGCAGGAUAGUCCUGGGAACACGUCGUGGUUUAAAACGUCCGAGGACGAGCCACGCGGAGAGAUCAGGAUGGUUAGGGAGUUUAGUAUGGUUUCUUCGAGAUGA